AUGACUGGAGCCGCCGUGUCCGUGUGUCUACUUUACGUCCUGUCUGUCUGUUCAGCCUGCUACAUCUCCAACUGUCCCAUCGGGGGCAAGAGGUCCAUAAUGGACGCUCCACAGCGCAAGUGCAUGUCUUGUGGGCCAGGGGAGCAGGGCCGCUGCUUUGGCCCCAGUAUCUGCUGUGGGGAGGAUGUGGGCUGCUGGAUGGGCUCCCCGGAGACGGCACACUGCAUGGAGGAGAACUACCUGCCCACCCCCUGCCAGGUGGGAGGGAGACCCUGUGGAUCUGAUACAGCACGCUGCGCCUCACCGGGAGUCUGCUGUGACUCAGAGGGCUGCAGUGCGGAUCAAUCUUGUUUCGCUGAGGAGGAAGGCGACAAUCAAAUCGGCCAAUCAGAGGGCAGCAACUCUGCAGACGUCAUCCUCAGGCUCCUGCACUUGGCUGACCACACACCUCCUCAUAGAGUCCACCAAUGAGCUGCAAGUGACGCCAGGGUUCCAUGGGGGUCACUUGAGGGAAUGGUUGAUAGGAUUUGUAGUUCAAAGUUAGGAUUUGUAGUUCAAAGUUACCUAGAUGUAGUUCAUAGUUCACCCACCCAUUUACUGACCUCCUUCUUCAGUAUAUAUUGGCAACCUCACUGGAUGGGACCUAGCUAAGAAUUUAACUCUGUGUUUGACAUUUAAUGUAUAUCAAAACACUGGAGUUAAAUUCUUAGCUAGGACCCUGAGCACUCCUCUGUAUAUUGCCUUUAUAUUGCAUACUUAAAUAUUGUAGCUAUAUACUGUAUGUACAGAAAUAGCUUUAACAAUUCUAAUACGUGUAAAGAUUCCAAAUGUGUAUGUUAAUAAAGCUUGUGCGAGUA